CUCUCUCUUUCCACUACACCCGUCUGUAUCUUUACCUCAGAAAGGUGGGCAGAAGAGAGGGUGCAUUUCCAGAAACAAGUUGCUCUGCAGUGGGCCCAUUAUCUCAGCUCAAGAUGUACAGCUUCAUGGGAGGGGGCCUGUUCUGUGCUAUUGUGGGAAACAUCCUACUGGUGGUCUCCACUGCAACCGACUACUGGAUGCAGUACCGACUCUCUGGAAACUAUGCCCACCAGGGUCUCUGGAGGUACUGCAUGUCCAAUAAGUGCUACAUGCAGACUGACAGCAUAGCGUACUGGAAUGCAACCAGGGCCUUCAUGAUCCUUUCAGGGAUGUCGUGCUUCGCAGGCAUCAUCGCUGGUAUCAUGUCCUUUUCCCAUUUCUCCUCCUUCGAAAGGUUCAACCGCUCCUUUGCUGCAGGAAUCAUGUUCUUCGUCUCCACUUUCUUUGUUUUGCUGGGUAUGGCCAUCUAUACUGGAGUGACCGUCAACUUCCUGGGACGACGCUUCGGUGACUGGCGCUUCUCCUGGUCGUACAUACUGGGCUGGGUGGCCAUGCUUAUGACCUUCUUUGCAGGUAUUUUCUACAUAUGUGCCUACAGAAUGUGCGAGUGCAGGAGAGGAACUGGUCCACGCUAGAGGGAGACAUAAAGCUUCUAUGACAAAAAAAGAAAAGAGGACAAUGCCACUUUGCAUAUAGAGGACGAACGUCGACUGAUCUACUGAAGAGAUGACGUCUGACCCUGUCCCUGAAGGCCCACCAUGGUCCACCAUGUCAUCACCUUUAGGAUGUGCUCUAUUAUA